ACGUAAGUAUACUCGCAAAUCCUCUCGCAAAUCGAUCGCGCGAACUCCGCUUGCUGCCCAAGUGAGACUUGGUAGUGCGUAAUACCCAUACCUCCGAAUCGUGAGGGUUUUAUCGCAAGCGAGAACAGGAAAAGGAGGCAAACAACCAAGAUGAGCAAGCGGCUAGAGACCGUGGCCACGAUGACCUGUAUGAAGACCCUGCUGAUGCUUUUCAAUUUCAUCUUCCUGGCGUCUGGGAUAUUGAUAUUAUGCAUCGGCGUAUGGAUGCGCAUCCAGCUGCGGAAUUACAUGAACAUGAGUGUGCAGGGCAGCGGGGCCGCUCUGCUGGCACUCGCGAGCUUAGGCGCGGUGUUAGCGGUCGCGGCGAUCCUCGCCUGUUGCUGCACCGCGCGUGGCCAUCCUGCUCUACUGUAUUUGUACGGCGCAUUCCUGGCCGUCGUGGCACUGCUGGAACUCGGUGCGGGCGCGUCGGUUUACGCUUAUCGCACGAGCUUGAACGAGGGAUUCGAUCAAGGCCUGAACGAGAGCAUGGCAGCCUACGACCAGUCCAAGAGCAUCGAUACCAUGCAAUCGACUCUGCAUUGCUGCGGCAAUCGCGGUUAUGCCGAUUGGCUCAAUCUGGAUCCACCGAAGGACAUUCCCUUGUCCUGCUGCAAAGUGCAGGAAAAAUGCCCAACGCGAGACCCAGAUGAAAUUUAUACCGAGGGAUGCUACAAUCGUGUGCUCGACUUCAUAAACAGCAACAUCGGUUUGGUCGCCGGUACAGCGAUCGGCGUAGCCAUUUUCCCACUGGUCGGUAUUUUCCUAGCGUGCUGCCUAGCCAGUAAUAUUAAUAAAGCCGAGUACGAGCAGGUUGCUUAGGCAUCGCACUUGCGCAAACAGCAACGACGAUCCUACCAGAAAACAAAAUCUGCAUCGCUGACGACAACGGCGAACAUACACGACUUAAUGGGAACGUGGAAAUGAUCUCGAUCGAGGCAAGCGCGCACUUUAUCACUAAUUCAGUUCUAAUUGACAAUUUCGGUACGAAAAUGAGGUAAAAGUUCACAAUAUCUAUUUGUAAUGUGCAAUUACAUCUAAAGUGGACCUUAUUAUAUAUACUAAAUUAUAUAUUCACAUCAUUCUUGCAUUAAGCCCUUUAAUUCUUAUUUAAGUGCUUGAUUAAUCAAAAGUCGCGCUCUCAUGUUCUGGCUAUGAAUCAUUCGAAUCAAAAUUAAUAUAAAUCGAUAAUGUUAUAUCGAGUUAUAUUUACUUGAUUUAAUACCAUUAUAAGAUUACCAGUAAUAAUCUUCUCAUACAUUUGGAACUUAUAUAAAGACUCAUCUUCAAAAGUACACUUCAUAUAACAAUUAGAAAUAAAUAAUAACAUAUAUAGAUCUUAAUAUACUACUUAAGAUCUUCCCAGUAAGCAAGAAACAUUAAAUCUACUUUUUAAAAUGUUGAUAUGUAUGUUAUUU